GCCGGCACCGCAGAGACCAGAGCUGAGGGUCGACCGCCGUCACAGCGGAAGAGCAAGGGAAAGGAUGUGGGUUUUUGGUUACGGGUCCCUGAUCUGGAAAGUGGACUUCCCCUAUCAGGACAAGUUGGUUGGAUACAUCACAGGCUACAACAGGCGCUUCUGGCAGGGGAGCACCGACCACCGCGGGGUCCCGGGCAAGCCUGGAAGAGUUGUGACUCUUGUUGAAGAUCCUGGGGGUUGUGUAUGGGGUGUUGCUUACAGACUGCCAGUAGGAAAGGAAGAAGAAGUAAAAGCAUACCUUGACUUCAGAGAGAAAGGAGGCUACAGGACCACAACAGUCAUUUUUUAUCCAAAAGAUCCCACAACAAAACCAUUUAGUGUGUUGCUAUAUAUUGGAACAUGUGAUAAUCCUAAUUAUCUUGGUCCUGCACCUCUGGAAGACAUUGCUGAACAAAUUUUUAAUGCAGCUGGUCCAAGUGGAAAAAAUACAGAAUAUCUUUUUGAACUUGCAAAUUCUAUUAGGAACAUUGUGCCAGAAGAUGCAGAUGAGCAUCUUUUCUCUUUGGAAAAAUUAGUAAAGGAACGUUUAGAAGGAAAACAGAACCUCAAUUGCUUAUAA